UGACGUUAUUUGAAUAUGUGCCCAAAAUCCUUAAUGAAUAACUUAGGACGAGUAGGAGGCAAAUGCUGCCCCAGCUGUUUCCUGUUGAAAAUGUCUGUGUAAUGUAGAUAAAUGUGAGGGAUUUUCUCUCUAAAUCCGUCUCCUGUUCGCUAAAUCUCACUUCUCCAAAACGAGCCUGCGCAAUGGAACAAAGUCGGAAUAUUGAGAUGUGACAUUGCCCGCAUCUCAUCCUCUUUCUCCCCGUUUUUAAUGACUUCAAACAAGUUCAUUUUCGCUGGGCUUUGUCUUGCGGAGACCCGUGGGGAUGUCUAGCGCUCUCUCCUUUCAGUGGCAUUUAUGUGAUGUCUUCAAGAGUGCGAUGUGCUGUAUCUCCUGUAGCCACACCCUCUCACUACUGCUGUGCGUCCUCACCCUGACUCCGACGGCAACAGGGGCGGGACCAGAGACCCUGUGCGGGGCGGAGCUGGUCGACACGCUGCAGUUUGUGUGUGGAGAUAGAGGCUUUUAUUUCAGUAAACCAACAGGCUAUGGCCCCAAUGCACGGCGAUCACGUGGCAUUGUGGACGAGUGCUGCUUCCAAAGCUGUGAGCUGCGGCGCCUGGAGAUGUACUGUGCACCUGCCAAGACUAGCAAGCCUGCUCGCUCUGUGCGUGCACAGCGCCACACAGACAUGCCGAGAGCACCUAAGGUUAGUACUGCAGGGCACAAAGUGGACAAGGGCACAGAGCGUAGGACAGCACAGCAGCCAGACAAGACAAAAAACAAGAAGAGACCUUUAUCUGGACAUAGUCAUUCAUCCUUCAAGGAAGUGCAUCAGAAAAAUUCCAGUCGAGGCAACACGGGGGGCAGAAAUUACAGAAUGUAGGGAAGGAGUGAAUGGACAAAUGCCCUGCGACUUGGGAAGAGAGAAGGGAGUGGCCUUACCUGGUACCCCUGUGGAAUGGUUCACUGUAAAACAAAACAAAGAGAAAGCUAACAGUGGUCUGAAAAGCUCUUCAAAAUGAUUGAAACCUGAGAGCUAAGUGUUGUUUAAGGGUUUGAUGAGGGAUCUUGUGAUUAUUUUAUACACUGCACCAUUCCAUAUCAGGAGGAAUUCUUUGUUAAUGCAAUGUAACAGACUAGUUUAGCUGCUGAGACACGAACAAGAGCUUAUUAUACCUCCAUGUGUGAGCUGCAGCAUCCCCUGGCUCCAGGAAAUCUGGGCUUCAGCCAAUCAGAGAGCGGCAGGCUGUGUUUGAGAAUGAGUGGUCCAUCCUGUCCCUUGAACUUUGGGGAAGUAAAUCCUUUUACUCUAAGAGAGUGGAUUCAUUCGCUCCUUUAGUAAGACAGGAUACUUUGACAUCAGUCACAUAUAACAGUUACUACCCCGGUUAAUUAUCUUACCUUCAGAGUUUGUUUUUAUGCACCAUGCAUUACGGAGGAUUAUUUUUAAAAAACGAGGUCAUUAUCAGACUUUAACAUUGUUGUAGUUAUUUUACCUUGAGCCCAAAUCAAAUCCCUACUUCUCAUUGACUGAAGCAGUGUUCUGCUAAGUGGAGUCCCUUGAAGGUUUGAGUCCAAUCCAAAUCCCUCCUAAGCCUCAGGAAGUGUUGAGAAUCUGAGGACUGAGUCUCCAAUCCAAACACUUCUAUAACAACAGAUCAAGCAUCAUUAGAGGGGAUUUUAAGGAACAGUUGGUUCUGCAAAAACAAGAUUUUGUCUGUUUUCAAAAACAGAGAAACAAAUUAACCAGAAGCUAAAUUGAAUUAAAGUUUUUUUUGGUCAGUCAGUGCAUGGCGCUUGUUUGAUUGUCAGAAAUGGGUCAUUCAGUGGAUUCAAAGUGCAUUUGGCUCAAGUCGGUGGCGACAAUCUGGCAAAAUGUUUGUUGUCUGCAUCCUUUUCACAUGUCACCACCAUGGCCAAAUCUAAUUUUUGCAAGUCAACAAGCACUCUAAGACACCCACCAGAAUCCACGAGAUUAAAAUCUUUUUCUUGUCCUCUUGAAGAACAAUGUGUUCCCAAAUCAGUCAACACAGAAGUUUAAAGCAAAAUACGGAAAGACUUUAACAAUAGGCAUGUAGAUGGGAAGUUUAAUGAUUAAUCAAUCUUGGCCUGUUAUAUUUUGUUAGUUUAGGGAGGCCGAGAACUGCUUUAACUUUAGUUGUCGCUUGGACUGCAUUACCUGCUAUCAUGGCGAGAGUAGAACAAAACUCCACUGCAUCUGUUGCAAAGUCCACUGAAGAAACAUGCAGAUUACAUGAUUUGGUAAAUAUUGCAAACCAAAGUGACAAGUCCUCCUGGAGAUGUGAGAUACGGCACACGUAUAACAGUACACAAACACACAUACAAAGCACCCACAGUGUAAAUGAGAGUUGUGUAACUGUGAGCAAGGUUCAAGCACACACAAACACACAUGUUUCAUAAAAAGCCAGUUCUGAGAAGUCCUUGCAUGAGGACUGACAGUCAUGGCUGUUUGUCCAAGCCUCCUUGUGGAUUUACAGUCAUUUUUUCUCACAAACCACCCAAGACAUCUCAUCUCUGGCUCUGCCUCCUCUGCCUGUGUAUAAUCAAACAGUACUCCCAUAUAUGUUAACCUAUGCAUUACUAUCAUUCAUUGUACAUGAUGGUUUCAUAUAACAAAACUGUAUUAAGAAUCCUAUCCACUGUAUAAUGGUGCUAUUUUGUAGUUUGUUACUUGCAAGAGAUGGCUAAGACGGACAGAUGGCAGGGCUUACAUUGAAGGUCUUCCCUUUUGCACAGCCUUGUGGCCACCAUUUUAAUAGUGUUUUUAUUUGUAAGCUGUUUCAAUAAGGUAGUAGUGUAAGCGAGCAAAUGUAUCUGUGUGAAAUCUGUGAAUGCAUGGAGAUAAAAAAAGAAAAUGAAAAUACCAUGUUGUGGUCCCAAGAAGGCAAAAUGCUAUUUUUUCUACUGUUUUUGAAUUAUUUUCUCAAUAUAGAUCCCUUAUGCCAAAUAACUUGACAAAAGUACUGUGAACUGUGAUUCUUCCAAUUGUAUUGAGAUUGUUGAAAUUCAUGGUGUGCUUUUGUCUGUCCUGAGAUGUGUGUACAUGCACUUCACUGGAAGCCAAGGUACUGAUUAUUGAAAACACUUAACGCGAGGCUAUGUAACUUUUGCUGAACAGCGCCCACUGUGGCUACAAGUGAUAAUUACAGGAUAAUAGUAUUAAAUUUGCCUUCAUUUUCAAAUAUUCUCUUGACUCAGAUGCUUGAGAGGCACUGUUGUGUUUAUCUGUGACAUGCUAAAAUGUAGUGUAACAGGAGCACAAGUAGAGAAGAGCUGGUGUCCAUUUAUGCUUCCUAUCAAGAUGUGCUACUUAGUGGUUCUGUGCAUGCACAUGACCCUCAAGCGUGGUCUGUUUCCACGCAAAUAAAUCUGUGCAACCUUCCUGUUGGGCAUGUCAUCAAGACUGUGGCUGAUCGUGAGCAAUAUCUAAAAAAAACAUGGAGUGUGUAGUGGUGCAAUAUAAAAUGAUUCUGUAAUGGGAGCAUUAUUUGAUAGGGGAUAUUAGUAGUCAAAGUACGCUACGCCUAAAAUCUUAAAUUAUGAUGUUAUAAUUAUCAUAUAUAAUAUAAGAAUACUGUGAGAGUUAUACCUUUAUAGGAUUGGAAAUGGGAACACAUAAGGUAGCAUUUUUUGAUGGGGCAGUGAGAAUCGAUAGAAUCUGCUAUGGAUAGCAUAUAUCGUCAGAACACCGUAUGAGCAAAUAUAAGCCUACUUAUUAAUGUCACACAGCGUCUAGCUUAAAAUAAUAGUUCAGAAUUUUGGGAAAUUCACUUUCUUGUUGAGAAUUUAAUAAGAUCAAUUCAACUUUCGUUUCAUUCUGGUAAAUAUUCAGCCAGCAGCUUAGCUUAGCACAAAAAGUGGAAAUUACCUAGCCUGGCUCUGUCCAAAGUUAACAAAAUCCACCUACCAGCACAUCUACAGUACAUAAAUGAACAAAAGAAAUGACCCCAUAAAAUCCCAGUGUGUCAUUUUUACACUCAGUUUGUUUUACAGAUUAAACAAAAGAGAUUUGUGUGUUAAUAUAUGAGCUUUAGUGGUGCUGGUAGGUUUACUUCCCCCCUUUCAGAUAGAGCCCAGCUAGCUAGCUGUUUCCCCCUGUUUCCAGUCUUUAUGCUAGGCUAUACUCUCUGAUCUGGUUGUAGCUUGUAACUAUUUAGUGUCCAGAUAUGGGAGCAUUAUCAAUAUUCUGAAUCUUGCAAGAAUGCAAAUAAGCAUACAUUCAAUAAAUGCCGAACUGUUGCUUGAAGUUUGCUUACGUUAGCUAACAUUAGCCUGUUGCAGGUCAUACCAGACCAAAUAAGGUUGUAGUGGCAAACUACUUAACUUUUUAUUUGUAAGAAGAAAAAUGUUAUAUCCUUCGAAAGUUACAGAGUCUCAUUUAAAGAAUAAGCCAGGAGUUUAAUUUAUUUUGACUAAACAUUUGUUAGCAGCUCUCUGAAUUAAAAUUUAUUUUCACAGAUUAAUUUAAAAGUGUGUUUUUAUCUGUAACGAUCAAGGUUUUAAAAUGGGAAUUUGCACAUGUACUUUGGUGUCUAUAGCUUACAAAUUCUCAUAUCAGUUGACCUGGCGGCUGAAAUGAAAAAGAAGUUGGUUGAAGAACAACUCUGGUCCUCCCAGAUCUUCAGAUAUACAGUACAAACCAAAGACUUUAUAAUGAGAAAAAUGCUCACUCAGCACUAUUAUGUCAUUAAAUAUCAGUUGAUGCCAUCAUUAUCUGAACUGCACUGCAGCUACAAUACACCCUUCACACACUGUGUCUGGUACCUGAAAUACAGCUUGUGUAAUAGACAGCAAAGUGAGCCAGUAUAUAGGGUUUAUUUGGAGCAGCGAUGAAGAAGGCUACAGCAACCAACUUAAAAUCAUCUGACUACAAGUCAAUUAAACAUCUGUUUGUCACUUGUGUGAAAUAAUAGAUAAAACUGAAAAUGUGGGAGUUAGUGAGACAUUCACGACUAUGUGAAGUGUUUAAUGAGAAAGCUCACUGAUGAAGCUCACUGUCCCAAGAAACUGUUUGAUUACAGCGCUGUUAUUUAUGGUGCUCGAUUGCCUUCUGUAGAAAAAAAAAUACUGACAAAUUGUUCACCAUUCCUGCUGAAUAAACCACUUCUCAACAUCA